UCUGUUCUCUUCCCCAGCUUUCAUCUCCCCGCCACCACCCACCGUCCGCUCAGACCUCCCCCUUCGCAUUCUCUCAUUCCAUCUGACAUUUGAGAUCGUCAAUCACCUCCGCCAUCAUGCCUAAGAUCACCGAGAUCUUCUUUGACUGCGACAACACCCUCGUCCUCUCGGAGGAAUUGGCAUUCGAGGCCUGCGCCGAUCUUGCCAAUGAAAUCUUGGAGGAGCAGAACAUCCCCGACCGCUACACUGGGGAACAGCUCAUCCAGGACUUUGUCGGCCAGAACUUUCGGGGAAUGAUGGUCUCUCUGCAGGCCAAGUACGACUUCAACCUGCCCCAGGACAAGCUGGAGGGAUAUGUUACGAAGGAGGAGGACAAAGUGAUCGCCAAGCUGCUCGAGAAGGCUCAGCCUUGCGUGGGCGCCACCGAGGAGCUGGAGAAGCUCUUCCAAUCGAAGAAGUACGACCUCGCCGUGGUCUCCUCGUCUGCUCUGCGCCGUGUGCGAGCCUCCAUCAAGAAGGUGGACCAGGAACGGUUCUUCGACGAAGACAAGGUCUUCAGCGCGGCCACUUCGCUCGAGAAGCCCACCUCAAAGCCCGACCCAGCCAUCUACCUCCACGCGUUGAAGAAGUGUGGAAAGGAAGCCAACGAGGUGGUCGCGGUCGAGGACAGCAAGUCAGGCGCCCUGAGUGCUAUUCGCGCUGGUAUCCACGUUAUCGGAUAUGUUGGCAGUUACCCGGGCGAUGACAAGAAGAUUGAAAUGACAAAGCUCCUCAAGGAACUCGGGGCCAAGGUUGUCAUGAAGGAUUGGUCCGAAUUCGAGAAGUGCAUGUCUGAAAUCGAGGCUUCAUGAUUGGAUUUACCAUCUCUUGGUCUUUUUCAUACGAGUUACGAUAGCGAGCGCAGGUCGUUACGGAGCGAUGGCUUUUCUUAUUUCAUUUAAUCUCAACCAUUGAAGAUCAUUCGCAUUGCAUCUCGUCGACUGUACAAUAAAUAGGUCGAGCGGGCCCGUUUGAUCAUGUUUUCUUUCUAUUCCCACGUAUUUGCGACUGGGAAAGCAUGGGUUAUUACCACCUUCUAGCAUAGACAUGUCUAUAGCGAAGAAAUACAAUUCAUCUUAAAUGGUCCAUGUCAUGGGAGAUGUAUAAUGUUCCUCAGGCACCGACCACCGAAUGUGAAUGUGUACCGGUGAGAGACACCAUGACCCCAUGACUAUACG